AUUGACUGCUCAUCAAGACUUACCGGAACACGACGUUUCCUAAACUCGACCGUGUCCUUUAGGCCACCAAGCAUUGAGCUAACGUCUAACGCUGCCAGACGCUGCUGACGAGACGCAUAGAGGCAAGGACAGCUCUGGAAGCUGCGGAGCCGCGAGGCGUCAACGCUGAACCGUCUGGUGUGGUUUUGUGUGGGCGACGCAACUCUCAAACAUCGGCGCUCCUCCUUUCUGCAUACAGCACACAACAACACCCGGGCUCGCCUUACAUCGCUCCUGAAGCCUCAACUCAACAAGCAUGCGGAUGCGCGCCCACUACCCCGCGCUGCUGGUGGCCAUGCUGUUGACACCGGAGGUCGUGUUAUGCGCCAUUGGCAAGGCCAGCAGCAGCGCCGGCGGCGGCAGCCGCAGCAGCACAACCACCACAACCACCACAACGGCGGGCAGGACCACGACCGCUACCACAUUCCCGUCAACUUCGUACGGCUUUUCCAGCCCGGCCCGCAUCACCGCUGUGGGCGCCGGCGUGUUCGUCCUGUACGGCGGCCACAGCUACCCCUCCACCCGCAUCAUCUACGACCAGUCCAACACCGAUGACUGCGCGCUCCGCAACGUUACGGCGGCGCAGCUGGGCGGCAAUGACUUCGACAUCAACCCCACGGCCGUGAACCGCACGCUGCCACUCAUUCUCAGCAACACCACUGGCCGGUCGAUCCUGGAGUUCAACAAUACGUUGUACAACCAGACCGGACUCAUUGUGGAUCCUGACUACUGCAACUACACCCGGUAUGGCUCUGCUGGCGGCGGUAGCGCCUCUGCGGCGCGCGUGCCGGUGCUGCUGGCGCUGGUGCUGGGGGCAGUGACCGCGAUGUGGGCGGCCGUUGACAGUUACAGUGCCCCAUAAGUCAUGGGAGGUAUCCUUGCAAGCCGGGGGACUGGAUACACGUGGGACGCCAAGCUACAUUCAUGCGCUGGUACAUUCAGCAGUUUCUAUAGGGUGACACAGGUACAAAGACAUGUUGUGUACGUGUGGGUGGCGCGCAGGCGCUGCCAUAUGCGCCGGCUUGUGUGACUGAUGUGAGGUUGUGCGCGUGUAAUUGCUGCUUCCUGUGUUGAGAACGCUCCCCACGAGGGUUUGGGACGAGACCCGCACUCCGAUGACCCUUGCGCACGGUAUGUCAAUGACAGUGGGGUGCGGAGCGGGUUACAAGUGUUGAGACUCAAUGUUGCCGUGGGUGAGCGCAGUAUGGUAGUACGGCAGUGACAUGCGUUCUUUUGUUUUACCCCGUUGACGGACAUGUGGUCAACAUGAAGUUAGUGGUGCCAGUACGAAUGUUGAGCUGGGACCCGAGAGCGAGUUAGUGGAUACAGAGGACGUCUAUGUGCUAUACCUUGUACUUUGACACGAAUGUCCUUCAUCCAGCUAUCACCGGCUAAGUGGGUUGCGUUGUCACCACGUGCAGCUCCCUAAGCACGGUUGGACUCCUAGUACAAGCAAGAGCAGAUGGUGGUGACAAGCUUAGUCCCGAGUGUGGCUAGAGUUCCGGCCCACAAGUCCCACAAGGUGUGUCAGGGCAAGAGCACCGUGGGCACGGUGCACGGAUACGGUGUAACAAAGGGAGGUG